AGAGGAGCACACAUUACUACAAUUGUAGCAAUGAGGCUUUUAAAUUUCUUCUUUACCUCCUAUCAUUUCUUCUUUUUGCUCUCGCAACAGAGUCCCACCAUUGCUACCAAAAAGUCUUUUGUUGUGUACUUGGGUGAGCACUCUCAUGGACCUGAAUUAUCGUCUGUUGAUCUAAAUCAAGUUACCAAGUCGCACCAUGAGUUUCUUGGAUCAUUCUUGGGAAGUGGUGAUAAUCCUCAAGAUGCUAUUUUUUACUCCUACACAAGACACAUCAAUGGUUUUGCUGCAAAACUGGACGAUGCCGUAGCUGCUGAGAUAGCAAAGCAUCCAAAAGUGGUGUCAGUUUUCUUAAACCAAGGAAGGAAGCUACAUACAACUCAUUCAUGGGAGUUCUUAGGACUCGAGCACGGUGGCCGGAUUCCUGCAAACUCAAUCUGGAACAAGGCAAGAUACGGUGAAGAUACAAUUAUCGGAAAUCUUGACACUGUGCUUUUGUUCAAUGGAAUUGUGUUAGGUGUUUGGCCUGAAUCGAAAAGCUUUAUCGAUGAAGGGUUGGGACCGAUUCCAUCUAAGUGGAAAGGAAUUUGUGAAAAUGAGAAAGAUGCUACAUUUCAUUGUAAAAGGAAGCUAAUUGGAGCAAGGUACUUCAAUAAAGGCUAUGCUUCUGUUGCUGGACCACUCAACUCCACUUACGAUUCUCCACGCGACAAUGAUGGCCAUGGAUCACACACAUUAUCAACAGCUGGUGGUAACUUCGUGGACAAGGCAAGUGUUUUUGGCUUGGGAAAAGGAACUGCAAAAGGAGGAUCACCGAAAGCUCGAGUGGCAGCUUACAAAGUAUGCUGGCCACCCGUGGCAGGAGAUGAAUGUUAUGAUGCUGAUAUAUUGGCAGCCUUCGAUAUCGCCAUUCAUGAUGGUGUUGAUGUGCUUUCUGUUUCACUUGGAGGGGAUCCCUCCGCAUUUUUCAAUGAUAGCAUUGCAAUUGGUUCUUUUCAUGCUAUUAAGCAAGGCAUUGUCGUCGUUUGUUCAGCUGGCAAUUCUGGUCCUGCUGAUUCUACUGUGUCCAAUAUUGCCCCUUGGCUUAUCACAGUUGGAGCUAGUACCAUGGAUAGGGACUUCCCUAGUUAUGUUGUCCUCGGCAACAAAAAGCGCUUCGAGGGACAAAGCAUAUCAUCUACGGGCUUGCCGAAGAACGAGUUCUUCCCAAUAAUCAGUGCUGCAGAUGCCAAAGCUGCUAAUGCUUCAAUACUAGACGCUCUGGAAUGCCAGGAUGGGACACUUGAUCCUAAAAAAGCAAAGGGAAAGAUCUUGGUCUGCCUUCGUGGAGUAAAUGCAAGAGUAGACAAGGGACAACAAGCACUUUUAGCCGGUGCUGUUGGGAUUGUUCUUGCGAAUAAUGAGGAUACUGCGAAUGAUAUUAUCGCUGAUGCUCAUGUCCUUCCUGCUACACAUAUCAACUUCAGUAAUGGUGUGUCUGUAUAUCGUUACAUCAAUUCAACCAAGAAUCCUGUUGCUUACAUUACUCGUGCAACCACAAAACUUGGAACAAAGCCAGCUCCCUUCAUGGCAGCUUUUUCAUCAAAUGGACCCAAUAAAGUAACCCCAGAGAUACUUAAGCCUGAUAUCACAGCCCCAGGAGUGAGUGUUAUAGCUGCCUACACUCUAGCAGAAGGGCCAACAAAUCAAGACUUUGACAAGCGCCGGGUUCUAUAUAACUCUAUAUCGGGCACUUCAAUGUCAUGUCCUCAUGUUUCUGGUAUCGUUGGCCUUCUUAAAACCCUCUAUCCUCAUUGGAGUCCUGCAGCAAUUAAAUCAGCCAUCAUGACCACAGCAACGUCCGAGGAUAACAAUAUGGAACCAAUUGUGAAUGCAUCCUACUCUAAGGCAACACCAUUUAACUAUGGAGCAGGACAUGUGCAACCAAACGGUGCCAUGGACCCUGGAUUGGUUUAUGACUUAACUGUCAAAGAUUACCUGGACUUUCUUUGUGCCUUGGGGUACAACAAAACACAAAUUUCAUCCUUUUCUGGAAAGACCUACAAAUGCUCCAAGUCCAUUAGUCUAACCAACUUGAACUACCCUUCUAUCACAGUCCCUAAUCUCUCAGGCUCGAUCACAGUGAAACGAACCGUCAAAAAUGUUGGGUCUCCGGGCACUUACAGAGUUCGUGUUAAGAAGCCGGCAGGAAUUUCUGUGUCAGUUGAACCAAAGAGCUUGGAGUUCAGUAAGGUUGGCGAGGAGAAAAGUUUUAAUGUUAGCCUGGAAAUUAAAAAGGCCAAAGCAGCGAAGAAUUAUGUAUUUGGAGAAUUGAUAUGGUCAGAUGAUAAACAACAUCAAGUGAGGAGUCCUAUAGUGGUGAAGGCAGUCUAUAAGAACUGACAUAUUUGUCUUUAAUGGAAAUUAGUCCAGCCUUAUUAAUUUCUACCUGAUCAUGGCUACAAUAAUAUAGCCUUAAUUAUGUCUCAUUAUAAUUCUUCAGCAGGGAUGUUAUUGCUGUUAUUCUAAU